GUUUCCGUCGACGGUUCAUGGUUCAAGAUGCGUCCUCGUUGAUUUGCGACUAAAUAGCCAUAUGAAAUGAGCCGAACAAGAGAAGAGCAUCGGAGCAUGCACAGUACGGACGAAACAGCGCACCGACGGUGGUGGUGGGGCUCCUCAGGCAGUGGACUUAUAUCGACAUCCCGGGUCCAAGGGUGGUCGCCACCCAAGGUUCCUCCUCCCUCCUACCGCCAACGGAUGAGGAAACGCCAUGGCUACCCAGUUUGUCCUCCUAUUUCUGCUUUAUUUUACCGGCAUCCACCAUGCCGACGCCUCCAAGGACGGCAUCGUCGGCUUCGGCAUCUCGCUGUAUCCGGACUUGUGCUGUCAAGCAUGUCACGAUUCGCUUUCGGCGCUCUACCUGUCGUGCACCACCUUCCACCACGGAGAUGGCAUGUCAGGGAUGGACAUGAGAAAGAGGGAUGGCAUGGAAGGCAUGGAGAUGAUGGGUAUGACGAGCGAUGAGUGCCGCAAGAACAACACGCCGUGGCUCCAGACCAUGGCAUACUGCAUCCAGCAGAAAUGCGACGUUGAUGGGUAUCCUGCCGACAAGCAAGCCGAAUGCUUCCGCAACCAGGCCGUUGGUGGCGCUCCGGAGCCGACCUUCCGCGACAGUUUGCCUGCUACGGCCCCGACCGUCGAGCUUGCUGAAGACGCCAUGUGGCUGAACGCCACGAGCCUGGUGAAUAGCGAGCUCUACUUCGCCACGCACGGCACCCUGGGUGAGUUUGCGAGAGAGGAGUAUCUGCACACGAAGUAUUCAGUGGCACUCUAUUUCAUCGUCAUCGGCAUUUGCAUUUUGUGCGGGCUCCAGGCUCAGACAGCCAGCUUGGUCCCCAACUUCUGGAGGCGAUUGAAAGCCUCCAGCUCCUGGUCGCGCCUGCAGCAGCACGUCUUCCUCCCUGCUCUGUUGGGAUCUCGACGGCUCGAGCCUCUUCCCGGGCACAUCGGCUAUGUUCCCGGCCGAGCACUCAGCAUCUUUAUCGCAGUGUACAUCAUCCUGAACGUCGUGUUCUCGGCCGUUUCGUUCAGGACCUUCCAGCCGAACAUUUACUUUUUCUCUGCACAGUUCGAGACAUGCGAGUACGUCGGGAACCGAACCGGCACUCUCAGCCUCGUCAACAUGAGCAUCGCCAUUCUGUUCGCUGGCCGGAACAACAUCUUGAUCGCUCUCACCGGCUGGAGCCAGACGACGUUCCUGACUUUGCACCGCUGGACGGCAAGAGUGGCUGCCGUGCAAGCCGUCGCGCAUUCCAUCGCGUACACCGUGGCCUACUUUCAGCCGGGCUACGAAGGCGCGGCAGCCUACGCGGCCAAGGCAGCAGAGCCGUUCUAUUGGUGGGGAAUUAUCGCGACGAUAGCCAUGUGCCUGGCAGCAGCUUUUGCCUUCUUGCCAUUCCGCGUCAGCUACUACGAGUGCUUCUUGCUCCUCCACAUCGCCCUCGUCAUUCUGACGUUGAUCGGAUGCUGGUACCACCUUGUGCCGCAUUUCGGGUUUGACUACGGCUACCAGGUCUGGCUGUACAUAUGCUUUGCCUUCUGGUCUGCCGAUCGACUUGCGAGACUGGUCCGCGUCGCUUACUACAACCCCCUCGGCGGCUCGAGGGCGAUUGUCGAGAUAGAGGAUGAGCUCGACCUCAUCUUGCGCGUCACUGUCUUCCCCCGGGUUACCCGGGGAUUUGGCCCUGCCCAGCAUACUUUCCUCUACCUGCCGGGCCUCCAAUGGAAGUUCUGGGAGAGCCACCCCUUCAGCGUUGCGGGCUGGAGCGUCCCGGCCGGAGCAGCAUCACCGCCUGCCGACUCCGCUCCCGCCACGCCCCUAAAUCUGUCCGACAGCAGCGACAAGGUGGGCAAGGUGCAGUCUACCAGUGUGGUGUCGUCUGCAAACGCGGAAGGUCCAGCUCCUCACAAGCCGGCGUCUAUCCGUUUCCUGAUCCGGGUACGCUCUGGCAUCACCAGGACUAUCAUACGCCGGCUCGUGUCCUCGUGCUCGAACCGGCUGGAACUUUCGGUCUACACCGAGGGCCCCUACGCCGGCCACCGAGCCACCCUUCACCCGCUCUACGCGGCCGACACCAUCGUUUGCAUCGCCGGCGGCAUCGGCAUCACACAUAUACUUGGCGUCAUUCAGGAAUACGCAGCAGCAAGGACCCGCCGUGAAAGAGAAGGAGUGACUCAGGGUGAGAAGGGACGAAAUGUGAUGGGGGCAACCCGGUUCGUCCUCGCUUGGUCUGCCCGCGAGAUGGCCCUCAUCGAGCUCGUGAAGAAGGACUUCCUUGUUGAGGUCGAAGGGGUGGAGUGUCUGUUCUGGUGCACCGCCUCUCCUCGCAGCAGCAGGAGGACAGAGGCCGAGUCUUCUUCUCGAGAAGGCGGGGAGGAGGGCCAGAAAGCUGACAGCUCAGUGACUGCGGAAACACCAGGGCCUGUCAAGAGAGGGAGGAUGGACAUUGAGUCGGUGCUGAGAGCAUCCGCGGAAGCCGGUCGCCAAACGGCUGUCCUGGUGUGUGCCCCCGGAUCUAUGGUGGAUGAGGUCACGAGGCAGGUGGUGAAGUGUGUCAGGGAUGGCCUGAGGGUUGAUCUAGUCGAGGAGGCCUUUGCUUGGUAGGUCUGAUACUGUUUGAAGUCAGGAUGAAUCCGGUUCCAA